AUGUUGACUGUAUUAAUAUUAUUACCAAAACCAGAAACAGUGUCCACAAAAUUAACAUCAAAUUCAUUGCUAAAUGAUAUGAAAAUAUUAUUUCGCGACCAAUUGGUUGGUCCGAAAUCAUUGGCCGUUACUAAAGAUGGAACGCUAUAUACCGGUACAUAUGGUGGACAUGUUUGGCRGCUUAGGGAUGAUAAAAGUGCCGAAAUUUACACUACGAUUCCUAGCGGCCGACCUAUUGGUAUGCGUUUGGAUGCAAAASAAAAAAAUCUAUAUUUUACAGAAUCAAACUCUGGACUAUAUGUUACUGAUUUAGUUACUAAAAGUGUGACAAAACUAAUUGGUUUUGAGGACACAAAAUUAGGAACCGAUAAACAAAUGUCUAAAUUUUUUGAUGACUUAGUUUUGGUUGAGUCGUUGGACGGCCUAACCAUUUACCUGACAGAUGUGAGCCGCAAGUUUUCUCUUGACUACUGGUCUUAUGUUUACUUAGAGCCCGACCCGACGGGAAGAGUAUUAAAAUAUGAUCACAAAACCAGAAACGUGUCGGUAGUUUUGGAUCACUUAUGGUUUCCCAACGGUAUUGAAAUAAACGAUUCAAAGGAUGCACUUUUWAUCAAUGAAUUAACAAAACGUCGUGUAAUUAAACACUACAUCUCGGGUCCUAAGAUGGGAACCACUGAAGUCUUAAUUGAUGGUCUCUGUGGAGAACCCGACAAUAUUCGUCGCAGUUUAGCUAAAGAUGAAACCUAUUGGGUAGGACUGGCCCUAACCAGAGACUCGCUAAACACAACACUUUGCGAUCGAUUGAGUGAUAAACCAAUUCAGAGAAAACUUUUGCUAAGAAGUGCUUAUAUAUUGGGCUCACUAUUGCAAACAAUUGGCAAAAUUAUAGGUAUUCAGACAUUGGCUACUUAUGGUCUCAAUUUGAAAACCGGAUUAUCACUAAUGUUACCCGAUUUGAUUAAAUACCCGGGAAUGGCCUUAGAAAUAGACUCAAACGGCAAUAUAUUGCGAACACUUCAAUCUUCAUCGGAAAAUAAAGUGUCCGCGAUAUCGGAGGUCACCGAAGUGUACAAUAAUGGACAACAGCGGACACUAUAUUUAGGCGGUGCGGGUAAUACUUUCAUCGGGAAAUUGGUUAUCGAUAAAUAA